AUGACGGAAGAGGGAGAUGACAGAGAAACUAUCUGUGAUUCGGUGGCAUCUCUAACGGAAGGAUGUCGAUUGCCAGUUCGGAUGCAUGGAGGUGACGAUUGGCCUCUCGCAGAAAUAGUCAGCUUACGUGAAGUCAAUGGAUCGAAGAGUUUUUAUGUACAUUACGUCGAUUUCAAUAAGCGGCUCGAUGAGUGGGUCACGGAAGACCGCUUGGAUACUCGGAAAGUGCAGUACCCGCGACGCGAUGGGGCCGGUCCCGGUACGGGGAUGUCGACACCCAAGAAGCAGACAUCGUCGGCGUGCUCAACGCCCGUGCACCCGAGCUCUGGCAAUGCCAAACCCAACACUACCAGCACCGUCACCUCUGGCAGUGGAACCCUCCCUGUGCCUUCCGUCAGCACCAACAAUGGCGGGCCGUCGCGGCCCACGUCUCCUGUUGUACCGGAAAUGGUCAAUGGUGGUGCCGUUCUUGCUGCAGCUCUGCAGAAAAAGAUGUCGCGUAAGAGGAAAGCUGGGUGGCCCGAAAAUGAGGACUCGCAGGACGGGUCCACGCAGCCUGCGCCCGCACCCACGCCGCCACCGACGACGACGGCAGCUGCGGCGGCACCGUCGCAGGCCCCGCCCUGCCCCCGCAGUACCGGCAGCAUGGUAGCGCACCAUGACGACAUUGUCACCCGCAUGAAGAACAUUGAGAUGAUCGAGCUGGGGAGGCACCGGAUACGGCCCUGGUACUUCUCCCCGUACCCUCAGGAAAUGGUUAACCUGCCUUGCAUAUACAUAUGCGAAUUCUGCCUAAAAUAUAGAAAAAGUAGGAAAUGUCUUAGGAGGCACUUGAUGAAAUGUAACCUGCGGCAUCCUCCAGGGAAUGAAAUUUAUAGGAAAGAUAGCAUCUCAUUCUUCGAGAUAGAUGGCCGUAAAAACAAGGUGUACGCGCAGAACCUCUGCUUGUUGGCGAAACUCUUCCUCGACCACAAGACGCUCUACUACGACACGGACCCGUUCCUGUUCUACGUAAUGACGGACGCUGAUGCCCGUGGCUUCCACAUAGUCGGCUACUUCAGCAAGGAGAAGGAGUCGACGGAAGACUAUAACGUAGCCUGCAUCCUGACUAUGCCCCCUUACCAGCGGAAAGGGUAUGGGAAACUCCUCAUAGAAUUCAGCUACGAACUGUCAAAGUUUGAAGGCAAGACGGGCUCUCCGGAGAAGCCCCUUUCGGAUCUGGGGCUUCUCUCGUACCGUAGCUACUGGGCUCAGACCAUCCUCGAAUUCCUGAUCAACGUCAAGCCUGUGGGGGAGAAUGAGAAACCCCUCAUCACUAUCAAUGAGAUUUGUGAGCUGACGAGCAUCAAGAAAGAAGAUGUGAUCUCCACGUUGCAGAUACUCAAUCUCAUAAACUACUACAAGGGACAGUACAUAAUUACACUGACAAAAGAGACUAUAGCGAACCACAGGCGUGCGAUGGAGAAGCGGAAGAUCCGAAUCGAUCCCAAGUGCCUGCACUGGACUCCGAAGGACUGGUCGAAGCGUGCCAAGUGGUGACAGUGGCACGUGCCUCCCCCUUACUCGUCGUGUUCCCACUCGCCGGCAGCGGUAGCGCCGGCCGUCCCGCUCCACAAGCGUUCGUGCGCCGCAUCGCCUGUCCGGCAUGUCCGCAGUUGCGCUCGGUGGCUGGCAUGACCCAGCCCGGCUGCGGAUUAGUGCCGCCUCUGUGAUGGCGGCAGGCCCGCCGCGUGGCUCCGUUCUUCUGCCAUGUGGCGGUGUAGUUAGAAGCUGUACAGUGUUCAUAUGUGGCUGUUAUUGUGUAUGUGUGUAAUAGAGCAUGUGUUUGUAUGUGUGUGUGCACCAUGCACACUUUUGAUUGUUCUUACGUAAGUGUGUCAGUCAGUAAGUUAGAUAUUUGCCAAGCUUCAGCACUUGAGAAGACAUUUACUGAAAUUCAGGUGCACUGCUGGCAAAUGAUCCAACAAUAGGAAGCGGCAGCAAGAUGAGGAGACGGUGACCUGAAUGAGGAACACCACAAAGAACCGUAGCUUCUACCAUCUCUCAGUCAGUAGCUUAAAAAUUUAGUCGAUCAUAUUUUGGAGAGAUGCUACAAGGUAAAAGUAUACCAUUUGAUAUGUUCCACGGUAAUUACUGGUUGUAUUAUUUUCUUGCUGCCGCUCCUUCUUUGUUUGCAACUUUGGCCAGGGUGGCCUAUUAUAUGUGCAAUUGAGUGUCUUUACUACUAUGCAGUUGAGAUAUCUGUACCAGCAUUCUUAAAAUGUGGCUAGUUGUGACUGUCUCAAAAUUUAUGCUGCAAGUUACUGGGAGACUAAUAGCCUGAAACAGAACUCUGACUCAUCAAAAUUCAGGUUUUCUCGAGUUCCUUCCUGCUGUUAGAUUCUGAGUUAAUUCAUUUCCUCUCACUCAUUGUCACUUUAGUCAAAAAUGUCUUCAAAGACUGCUUGCCGAUCUGCUGGUAACUCGUAUGAGAAUGUUGUAGGCAGGACGUUAGAGAGACAAAAGAGAAGUUUGCAAACAGUGAUGCUUCAGUAUAUGAGUUGUUCUCAUUCUUUGCAUACUAGUACAUAUGAUCCUACUUUAACUAAUCAAAAUUCUUUUUUGUACUUGUGCAUUUGGUUUCUUUUCAUUUAAUGAGGCUGUUGGUUCUGUAUCCCUUAAUAUUAUCAGCUUGUAUUUCAUUGAAAUCGGCUUAUAUUCCUUCACAGAUUUGGAAACAGAAAUACAUCACACAUUUGACUGCAUUGAACAUUAAACUGCAUUUUGCUUCAGACAAUGAUGCAUUGAGCGAAUUGGUUCAUACUAAGCGUUCUCUAUGGCCAGUUUUCCACACCUUGUGUUCAGCACUGCGAGAGUCUCACAAUAAAUAAAAUAAAAGGAUUAUCAAUAUGUACUAUAUCUUCAUUUAUGGGUAGCAGAACAGCAGAAUCACAUAUAAGCUUAAGCCGAGAUUCUUUUACAAUUAUAAUAAGCAGAAGUGUUACUGGAAUAAACUUUCCAGUUCAUUACUGUCAUAUUUAGCAGUUCAAAUUAACUUGACUGUUUACAAAAGCCACAGUAAUAUAGCUAUUUGUCUUAAAUGAUGAGUAUAAGCUUUCGCAUCUUUUCACGUGCAUUCAACAACGGUGUAAGGUAUCGAAUAUGUUAAUAAAAUAAAUUUGUCAGGAAUAAUUUUCUUUCCUGUGAACAUUCUUACUGUCAGUGCUGUUUAAUUCCAUCCCUUUUGCAUAGUUUCAGAUUUGCAUUUUGGUAAAUUGAGAGAUUUAUGUGCAAUUUUAGUCUGAACAAAUCCAGGUGUGAUCCAAAAGACAAUAAUUGGAAAUUUUGCUGCAGGUUGAAACGUGAAACACCUGAGGAUUUAUCAGACUGGUUGUUGACAGCCCUGUAUCCCAGAGUUACAUACUGAAAUUUAUUAAUUUUUGUGAUGAUUUGUCCAGACAGUCUACAAACUUCACAAAACACAUGCACACAUGAAGAAAAAUCUUGGGAAAAAUGAAGAAUUUUUUAAAAGCUGUUGUAAUUUCAUUUAACUUUACUUUCAUACAAGCUAUAUUCUGAAGGUGUCCUACGAGAAAAUCCUUAAAACUAGUAAUACGUGUAUUUCAUUCUUGAACUGAUGGAUUCAAGACAACAUACAUUUUCCUUAUUUUUGGUUAAGAAGCACCACUCAGUCACACCUAGCCAUUCUUUUAAGAUAAAUCAUACAACUGAAUCUGCCAGUGAUGAAUGUUAUAGAAAAUGUUUGCUGCGAAGAGUUAAAAGUUUCCCAUUCAUGCUGAUGGUCAUAUUGUAUAAUACUGUUACCACACUGUAUAUAGUAUUCAUCUGUUGUGAGACUGUACUUUCAAAAAUUGACAAAGCAAGAGACUGUAAUUGUAUCAGGAUUUAUGUAGAAGGUAGGAGCAGGUUGCCAAAAUAAUAAAAAAAGAUGUCAAUAUAUGUAUAUAUAGGUACAGGAAUAGUCUCCAAAUCACUUCCAGGAAAUUGUGUAUUGUGUUAGAAGAAACUGCAGAUGAGAUUUCUGUGAAAGUUGUAAAAGUAUUUCAGCACAACAAAUUAUUUAUCGACAGUAUUAUCGGGAAUCUUGUGAUAACGGUUUAGAUUGCAUAAUAUUAUGUCCAUAAAUACAGUAAGGGUGAAAUAAUUGCUGACUAAUCUGGGAAGUGCAAUCAUUGUGAACAGCUGUCAGUGUCUGUUUCUGCUGCACCAGUUUCAUAUUGUACUACUUUCUUAUUAGAAAUUCUGUACAAGAGACAGUCACACAGUUGAUCGUCCACAUAGUUCAGCAUACACUCCAUUUCCUACAACAUAACAGGGAGACAAAUGAUAACUGUUACAGAUACUUCAAACUUGCUUUUUUUUUUCAUUAAUCAUGAAUUACAAAGCUCGGCAGAUGCUACAGGUAUUUUAAUCUCACAUAGUGAUGUCCAAUCUUUUGGUGCUAUAGAAAAUUUAGAGAUUAUGGAUGAGAUUUUAUGUAAAAUCAUGUUUUAAAGGGGAAGCUUUCUCCUGCAUGCAAAUACCCCAAUGUUGUAUUGCAAUUACGUUUUCCUUUGGUAAAAAUGUUUUUACUUUAAGAUCAGAAAUUAAAAAUGAUUCGUGAUAAUUUUUUUGCUUAGAGGAAUUUCUGUGACAAAUUUAUCUGAUUUAUAAAGUUUGUGAUGUGAAUUCAAAAAUUUUGCUUUUUUGUGCAUGUAUUGCAGAGGGAAAAUAAUAAUUAUCAACUGUUGGGGUAGGGAAAAAUCAGUUGAUUUUGGAACUAUAUUUCAGUCACAGCUUUACUAUAAUGAGAAACUGCAGAAUUGGUGCUCUGGUUGUAAUCUGCUCCUACCUUUAUUAUGUGCCACCUCCAUGAAAGGAAGUGGAAAUAACUUCAGAGAAGCUGUGAUAAUGGAGGGCAAAAAAAACUGUUCAGAAUUGUAAACAUGUAAUUACUUUUAUCUGUGUAAAAAUCAAUGUUCUCUGUUCGUAUUCAAGGAAAAAUUUUAUUUGGUUCCAAACUGUCAGUCUGUGGUGCCCAUGGAAGUUAGUUUCUCUCUUGUGUGUGUGUGUGUGUGUGUGUGUGUGUGUGUGUGUGUGUGUGUGAGCGCGCAUGCGCUAAACAUGUAACACAUUUGUUCCCAUACUACAUCAUCAAGAACAUAUAAUCACCAGAGCUGUAACAAACAGAAUUACAAAUGAAAUUGCACCCAUUUUCUCCCCUUUUUUCUCUAGUUUAUAUUAGUUGCCACUCUUCAGUAUUAUAGUGUUAUUCAGAAAAUUAUAUUUUGUACCUAAUUUUUCCGAACCCCUGAAAUUUGCAACUGUAGUUUUAAAUUUGUUGCUAAAUUUAUUUUAGUAUGAAAGUGAACAGUGUGUCAGAUUUAUGGUGGAAAGGUUAUUAGUUGGUGACAGGGUGGUAUUAUUCAAGUACUAAAGCAUGGAAAAAUCAAAUAGAUGGCCUCUGGUAAGCAUAUUUUUACAUUGCAUGAACGGAUAAUUUUCUGCAAUUUAGUUUUACCAAUGCUGUCGCAUCCCUAUAUAACCUAAUAGCCUUUCUACCAACACGUCUUUCAGAACGUACUUGCACAAAUACAACAAAUUGACACUGCUCUUACCUGGCUGUGUUGUCCACAGACUAGAAACUUUGGAACCAUGUGGCUAAAAUGUAUUGGAAUGCUCAUUAGUUUUGAAUUGUUUGUAACUUAGGGUGCAGUUGGAAUGUGAAGAGACUGUGAAGUAUUACUACUGUUGUGCCACUGUAAUGGGAAACUUCCCUACGUACACACAAUUAUUUGUCUUUCAUUGAUGUCUGUCUGUUGAUUUUUCAGAAACAACUGAUUUGCCGUUAUCUCUCUUACAGUUGCAAACAUUUCAAAAUUUAAGAGCUAAUAUUUCUAAAACAAACAAGAGAAAAGAUAAAAAGAAGAUAGUACAAAACUGAGAGCAGUGUAAUAGAAGUUCUGGAUGAGUAAUGGCAAAUUUAUCGUGAACUAAUAAAUGUUAUUAGAUGGAGGAGGAAGCAAUAGUUUGAUUGCUGUAGUGCACAAUAUUUUGAAUUGACAGUGAAGUUAUUUUGGCUUUGUGUAGAAAUUUGGGAACAAGUAUUUUCUUCUUCUCUCACUUUCUUUUCAAUGUUUGCGUCUUCUCAGAAUCGUUACUUGGCAUUGCUCAUUCAGUACUUGAAGUGACGCUUCUUAAUUAGAUAUUGAAGUCAUAUCAGGGUUGAUCUGUGGAAUGCAAAUUGUAUUUGUUUUAUAUUUUGUGUAAUAUUGCAGACUGCUGCAGAAGCUGUGUGUGCUAAUGGUGCAAAGUGGAACUAAAUUAUUGUGUAGUUGUAAGAUAAUUUCUGGACUUUACAGACAUGUAUGUGAAAUCCGUGCUUUAUCUCAUUGAA